AUGUCGACGUGGCGCUCGAAAUUGCCCACACUCACGCAGGUCAAGCACUUUCUCGGCGGCAUCAUUCACGAGCAAGAGGUGGAUUAUUCACGGUUUGAGACCAGGUUCGUGCCUUUAUUUGUAUGGCCUAGAAAAAGCUAGACCGUCUCGGUUAAUUGUAAGCUCAAAUCAAGUUGUCAAGCUGUUUGAAAAGUACCGUAAGCGCUGAGGUCUCGCCACGAAACAAAAACGUGUGCUGGGCCUUUAAAAUGAGCCACAAAUGAUAACACUUUUUCACACUUAUCACCCACUUUUUGUUUUCCAGACUCGACGGCUCCGAUGUUAUCACUUUCCGUGAGAAUGAUAAGGCAUUCCGAUUAUUUGGCACCAAUGUGCAUGUAAAGGUCAGUUAUCGUCAAAAACGAUUGGAUAGAGCACGAAAAAGUGGGCAGAACUCCUGGAAUAAAGCAUUUUGAGAUAAAAGUGUCAAUUGCAAAGUUGCUGAGCACAAAAUUUGCUACAAUUUUUCAGUUGACCACUUUUUUAGAUGUACAAUAGUUCUUAAGGUACCGGUCCUUAAAGAUAAGAUAAUCUUGAGUGACAGCUAUUGUGAGUGUACUGUCUGGAAACAAGGUCAUAACUCAGAAAUGAAACAUUUUCAGAUAAAAGUGUCAACUACAAAGUUGUUCAGAACAAAUUUUCCUACAAUUUUCCAGUUGACCACAUUUGUAAAUAUACAAUAGUUCUCAAGAUAUAAGUCCCUAAACAUACGGUUCUUUUGGUUGGUAGCCAAAUUAAGGGCUAACUUUGAGGCCCCAAAUCAGACCUUGAAAGUUAUUGUGGUAAAAAAUGAUGUACUACGAUUUUGUGUAACUUUUUAUGCUCUAUCCGAUGGUACAAUUGACUUAAAGCCUAACUUCGCAUUGACUUCAGUUACGGUCCUUGAAACUACUCGUUCAGGUCGGCUCGUACAUCGCGUGCGCCAUCGGAUUCGCCGUCACCAUCGCCUUCUGCGUCUCCUACUCUCUCUUCCAUUCGCGUGGUCAGGGAAGAAAUCCGUUCAUCGAUCACCUCGAAAUCAGUGAGUAUUGUCCAUUUCUUGAAAACAACUCAAUUUCAACUCAACUUUCAGUCGACCUAAUCUUCGCGUUCAUCGUCGGUCUUCCAUGCCACGUGCUCCUUUUCUACGGGCUUCUCAAGGACAAAAAACUGUUUUUCAGUCCGUUUCUCAUUUUUUACAUGACCAACUUCAUCUUGAACUGUGUUUUUACCGUUUUGACCCUGGCCGCGUUCGCCAUGGAUUUGCAUCGACGCAUUUUCGGAAAUAUUCGAUUUGACCUGGGUUGGACCAUAUUUCAGGUUGUUUCCUCUUCUAAUUGAUGCUAUUCUUCGUGUUAUUAUCGUUUUCUUCGCAGAUCGCAUUCACUUCGGCUCAAGGGCUCGCGAUUUACGUGGUAAUGCGUGGCCGGAGGUACGUGGCGGCGAAGAGCUACUGGCUGAACAAGUACAAUCAGAGGACGGGUCCAGAUGACAUUGAUAUCACACCUUAA